AUGGCAUCUUUAGGGCUGCAGAUUCUGGGCGUCGGGCUGGCCGUGCUUGGUUGGAUUGGAAACAUCCUGAUCUGCAUGCUGCCCUUGUGGAAAGUCUCGGCUUUUAUUGGAAACAACAUUGUUGUUGCUCAGACCAUCUGGGAGGGCCUGUGGAUGACAUGUGUGGUGCAAAGCACAGGUCAGAUGCAGUGUAAGGUCUAUGAUUCCCUGCUGGCUCUGCCCCCUGACCUCCAGGCGGCUCGGGCUAUGGUGGUCAUCGCCAUCCUGUUCUCUCUUUUUGGCCUGCUGCUGUCCGUGGUUGGAGGGAAAUGUACCACAUGUAUUGGGGACAAAGUAGCGAAAGCCAGAGUGGCCAUCUCUGCGGGUGUCUUCUUCAUCCUAAGUGGGGCUCUGUGUCUGGUGACCGUGUCCCUGCCUGCUAACACCGUCAUUAAGGACUUCUACAACCCCUUGGUUCCUGACGCCCAGAGGAGGGAGCUGGGUGCGUGUCUGUACAUUGGCUGGGGAGCAUCUGGAAUGCUGCUGAUUGGUGGGGCUCUCCUCUGCUGUCAGUGCCCGUCAGGAAGAGACCGCUACAAUGGAGCAAAGUACUCCCCGCCUAAGUCUACAACACCCGGGAAAGAAUUUGUCUGA